AUGCUUGCCUCGUCGCUAUUCAAAAAUGCCCUUACGCCUGACGAGCAGCAGGUAAUACCCGAGUCAGUGCUCAAUAGGCUUAGUGAGGAAAUGGCUUUGUACGAAGAGAUGACUGGAAACAAGGUGAGGGAGCUGGAGAAGAAGACAGAGCUUUGCGAGGAGAUUAUAGAUGAUUUGAAUAAAAAGCUAGUCAAACAGUCUAUGGAGAUGGCGGAGAUAAAAAGCUCAUCCUCGCUCAUGGAAAGGUAUAACGAAAUGUACUCUCAGGAGAUAAGGUCGUUGAAGGAGGAAAUUGCCUACUAUAAAACAAAGGCCGAUGGAAAUAGUGGAAAAGUAAAGGCUUUCGAGGAGGACGACGGAUCUCAAAAGAUGGACGAAAUAGCCAAAGAAAAGGAAGAGCUUGCAAGGAAGACCGAAACCCUGAAGAGGAGGUGUAUGGAAUUGGAGAAGAGCAAUAAGAAGCUUGUAGAAAAAGUUUUAGAUCAGAAAAACCAGAUGUCAUAUUUACUAAAGAAGGCUUCCAGUUCUGAUGGGGGCAGAGACAGUUUAGAACUUGUGAAGCUAGUUCAAAAGCUCUCAAAAAAAAAUGAGGAGCUCGAGAAGGCGCUAGGGCAGGGAAACCACUCCUUUUCACCUCUAAAGUCGAAUGCUGAGGAGAGUACAAGGGCUGAAGAGUAUGAGAGGAUGAGGGAAGAGCUUCACGAGAUAAAAAGGAAUGGAUAUGUGCUAGAGCUUGAGUAUAACAAGGUAUUUAGAGAGAGGAGUGAACUAUAUAAUCAGCUUAUUAGGAUCAACGAGGAAAAGAAAGUGAUGCAGAGGCAUGUCGAUGAGAUGAAGGAGGAAAUUAUAUGUCUGAAGAUUGAUUUAAGCAACACAAAAAUGAAGAAUAAGAUAUUGGGAGAUGCUUCCCAAAAGCUUAAUGAAAUGAACAACGAAAUAAUUCGCAGCAACUUCGUAAUAAAAGACAGUAGAAAUAAGAUAAGAGAGCUAAAGGCACAGCUUGUAGAGAGCGAGGAAAGAUACAAUAGAUAUAUUCUGGAAAAUAGAACCAAUGUUAUGGCCAUUGUUGGACGGGAGAUUGAAGGGAUUAAAAAAAAACUCGACACGGACUUCAAACAAAUCUAUGACAUAGAAGAUAGUUUUAAGAGGGCCCUGGAGGAGCAGGUAAGGCUCAAAGACUUAUUUCAUAGAUAUGAGCAAGAAUGCAUGGAUCUUAGAAAUAAGAAUGAGGGUCUUGCUAGCGAUUUAGGUGUCAUGACGAGGAAAAUAGAAUGGUAUGGAAAGAAGGCUGGGGCUCAAAAGAACGCUUUAGAAGGGCUAGGAAAGGAUGUAAGCCAUGUAUACAGGUUCGUUGGGCAAAUUGGGGAAGAGCUUAUGGGGCUUGCCGAUAUAUCUGGGAAGCUUAUGAUGUUUGAAAAAGAAAGAACAUCUUUUGUCGAGGGAAUGUAUGAAGAGCUAAGUGUUGCAGGAAAGCUCCUUGAGGAAAGAGAUCGGGUACUGCGUUCACUAAUGGAGAAUCAUAGCGAGGAACCGAUUGCAUUUCUGGAGAAGGAGAGGGAUAUUCUAAGGCAAGAGAACAUAUUUCUUCGAAAUAAAAUAGAAGGGCUGGGAGACUCCUCUGAUCUUCUAGAGAGAAUAAGCAGCUUGGAGGAGGAAAAUGAGCAUAUGAGGGGGCAGCUCUCGUCACUAAAGGAGACCUAUGCUUCUGAAAAAGAGAUUGCAUCUGAGCAGGUGCUUGCAUUAAACGAGAGAGAUUAUAGGUGCCGCUUGCUCCAGUCUGACAUAGAUAAAGUACUUCAGGACAAUAUUUCGCUAAAGAAUGAGCUACAGGCAGCAAGAAAGGAGAUAUCUAAUAAUUAUGCAGUAAUCGAUAAGUACAAAAUUGUUAUUGAAAAGCUCAAGAAGAUCAAAGAUGCAUAUUUGGAACUUAAGAGCGAAUGUCUGAGAAAGAAGGAUCAAGAGAAAGAUGAAAAAAAAGAUGGAGAUGGUAUGGAAAGUGCACCUGAAGCCUGUAGUACAUCUUUCAAGAACCCUGCAGACGAAGACGCUUCCAGAGCAACAAAUAGAAGCGGAGAAUUAGAAAAAAAGGAAGACCAUGCUGCUACAAAGGAUGUGGAGGCAAAAGAGGGCUCUAACCUCAUCUUGGAGAACAAAGCAGAGCAUAACCCUGUUCCAAUUGAAGAUGUGAACAGAAAUCAUCCAGGGAGAAGCAAAAGAACUGGAAGGCCUGGAGAAGAACUUAGACAAGGGCAUCAACAAAAAAGAACAUACGGAGAUAGAAAAAGAGGAUGGUCGACCUAUGAAGUCAAAAGAAAUAAGGAUAGGAGGAAUUAA